GUGGAUUUUUAAUUAGAAAACCAAAAACAGUCGAAGCAGAAACGCGGAUGCAAGACAGAAAUCCUAGAAAUGAUCCCGGGAUGCCUGGUUCAAUAUACCAUUUAAGAUGUACUGAGGCAACUGUUCGACAUAAUGAAAAAAACAACCAGGAAGAAUUAACUAGCAGUAGCCUGAAUCCACCCGAAAGCCUCCCGUAUUAUCGACUUGUAUGGGAAACACAACUGUUUCCUCUUAACGUACUACCGAAACAGUAG